AGGAAUUGUGCCCAGUGCGGCCCGACAGGGAUGGCGGCGUCCAGUGUGGCUGAGGCGGGUGGAGGUGGCGGAGGGGAGAGUGGCAGUUGGGAGCCCAGAGCAGCAAAGAUCCUAGCUGCUGGAGCCCCGCAUCGCGUUGGGGCGUGACAGUCGUCGCCCAGAAGCGGAGCUCAGAGCUGUCAUCCUCUUCUUCUGUAAGCUGCCACCAUGACCCUGACCAAAGGUUCCUUUACUUACUCCAGCGGGGAGGAAUACCGCGGCGAGUGGAAAGAGGGCCGGAGACAUGGCUUUGGUCAAUUGGUGUUUGCAGACGGUGGCACCUACCUGGGUCACUUUGAGAAUGGGCUUUUUAAUGGCUUUGGAGUCCUGACCUUCUCAGAUGGCUCAAGGUAUGAGGGGGAGUUUUCCCAGGGCAAGUUCAAUGGCGUCGGAGUCUUCAUUCGCUAUGACAACAUGACCUUUGAGGGGGAAUUUAAAAAUGGCAGAGUAGACGGUUUUGGCCUGCUGACUUUCCCAGAUGGUUCUCACGGAAUACCCCGCAAUGAAGGUCUGUUCGAGAACAACAAGCUACUGCGGCGUGAGAAGUGUUCCGCCGUGGUUCAGCGGGCUCAGAGCGCCUCCAAGUCAGCCAGGAACCUCACUGCCUGACGGAGCUUUGGGCGCAGCUGGAAAGGAUCUGUAGAGCAGUGGCAUCCCUUGUAUGCGUGCGAGGUGAACAAAUGAAACGGAUAUGAGAUGAUGAGAAUGACCUUGAUGCCACAGCCUGGGAGGUGCUCCGUCCCCUGCCGACCAGGAGUUCAGUCGCAGAAAAGUGUGGAUGGGUUUGGCCCCAAGACCCUGCGGCAGUUAUGUCCUUCCCUGGCCCCGAUGUUAUCAAGAACAGGGCCUGCCCUUUUCUUCCUUGUUAUCCCCAAGACCUUGGUUACCCAGUGCUGUGGCCUUCUCUCCGCCUGCUGUCAAACCAUCUCUUCAUUCUGCCCACCCUUACUUACCGCAGAUAAUCUGGGCCUGGACUCACAACCAGUCCUGUGUGCUACCAUUGGAGAAAUCAGGAAAAAGACAGGGGUGACUUAGACCACAGCAGCUCUGUGAAGUCCAGGCCAGAGCUCUUCUGGGGGUUACCCACUCAUUCACUGCAAUUGGAGGCCUGGCUCCAGACUGGCCUCUGUGUCUUCUUAUCCCUCCUCGGUGUAAGAGUGCGGUUUUCUUCCUCCUCAGCUUUAGCUGCAUCUUCCUUACCUGAGAUACAGCAGACAGCCCAAUCCCCAUCUGUGCCUCUCUCUCCCCUUAGACAUCAGACAGGAUCCCUUUAUAGAAUAGCCAAGUAAGAAACCAGUGUAAAAGUAACUUAUGACCUGCACUCUUUACUCACUCCAUCCAGGCUUUCUAUGGAAUGACCUGGAAUCCCAGGGAAGGCUUGCACUGAGAGUUCCUUCCCAGCGUACCAUUGGAUCAGGCUCACUGUCCCCUGGGUGUUCAAAGACAUGGGUCCAUCCUAGUGUGAGAACUGUCUAGCAUGGGCUCCUCCUUUUGACUCUGGAAGCAAGAGUCUUGGCCCUCAGGCCUGGGACAUAUCUUCCUGCCAAAAUGAUCAUAAGGUCUCCAGUUAGCCUAGUCCCAGUCCCAGCCCCAGUCCCAGCCCCAGGCCCCAUCCUCCAACCUCUCUCAACAGCAGACUGUGGUGGAAAUUAUAGCUGUGUGCCUCUAUUUAUUAUCUGAACUGUACUGUAGAAACAAGUGUUUAUAGGAAUAAACCAGUCACCAGAACUGCCUAUAA